UUUCUUCCAACAUUAAUUAAGGAGGUUGAGGAUGGCGAUUAUUAUCGCACUCUUCGUCAUCUGCGCUAUGUUCUCCGGCACUUAUGCGUCAGAUCCGGACAUGCUUCAGGACGUCUGCGUGGCGGAUCUCACUUCUGGGGUGAAGGUGAAUGGGUAUCCGUGCAAGAAAGCCGGGAAUGUGAGCGCGUCUGACUUCUUCUACUCGGGGCUUGCCAAGGCAGGGAUGACCAACAACACAAUGGGAUCGGUGGUGACGGCGGCCAACGUGGAGAAGAUACCAGGUCUGAACACGCUGGGAGUGUCCAUUUCUCGGAUCGACUACGCAGCGGGAGGGUUAAACCCACCGCAUACCCACCCGAGGGCGACGGAGAUGGUGUUCGUCCUUGAAGGUGAACUGGAAGUUGGGUUCAUCACCACAGCCAACGUGUUGAUCUCUCAGACCAUAAAGAAGGGUGACAUCUUUGUGUUUCCAAGGGGACUCGUCCAUUUCCAGAAGAACAACGCGGAUGUCCCAGCAACAGUGUUAUCGGCUUUCAAUAGCCAAUUGCCAGGGACACAGUCCAUCGCUCUCACCCUCUUCACUUCCUCUCCUUCCGUCCCAGACAAUGUUCUUACCAAGGCCUUCCAGAUUGGUACCAAGGAGGUUGAAAAGAUCAAGUCCAAGCUCGCCCCCAAGAAGUCGUCGUAGUACUAGUAGUUAUCUCUCUCUCUCUCUCUCUCUCUCUCU